UAGCUGAGUAUUAUAUAUUAUCGUUAUGUAUGUAAAUUAUGAAUCCAUGGUUAAUAACAAAAGUUGGUGCCUGUAUGCAUUUGGAUACUUUUCUUUGCUGUACUUAACUGUUAAAAGUUGCUAUGGACUAUACACGUUUCUGGUAACGUAUGUUACAGAUUCGCCAAUAAAUUUUAAGAAACUUGGCAGAUGGGCAGUUGUUACAGGCGCAACUGAUGGAAUCGGUAGAGCAAUCGCAGAUCAACUUGCCCAUCGGGGAAUCAAUAUUUUUCUGAUAAGUAAAAAUCAAGAAAAAUUGAAAAAUGUGGCCAGAGAAAUUGAGGAAUUAUAUAAUGUUGAAACUAAGUUUUUGAAGUUCAACUUCAUUCGGUUUGACACCAUCAACAGUGUUUCUCCAUAUGACUCCAUAUCACAAGCUGUUCAAAAUCUUGAUGUUGGAAUACUUGUAAAUAAUGUUGGAAUGCCAGCGGGAGAUGUAAAGGAGUUUCAUCUAUCACAUGGACCUAAUCAAACUCUUUCCAUAGCAUCAAACAAUCAAAUUCAUUGCAACGCGUCCUCCAGGGCUAAAAUGACAGAAAUUAUCCUUCCUGGUAUGGUGGCACGCAAGCGAGGAUUGGUUGUCAACAUCUCGUCAAUGUCGGCGUCUCACCCUCAUCCCAUUGUUUCAACUUAUGCGGCAUCGAAACGUUUUGACGAUACCCUAAGCAUUGGACUCGCAAACGAGUAUCGCAAACAUGGAAUCGUGAUUCAAAGUAUUCAACCGGGAUUUGUAUUCACAAAUUUAACAAAAGUAGUCAUAAAAAAUGCAAAUUUGGCGGUGCCGAAUGCUGCUACGUUUGCCCGACAUAUGAUGAAAACUCUGGGUAAGGCAGAUGUGACGUCAGGCUAUUGGGUACAUGCAAUUGUUCGUUGGUUUUAUAUGAGUUUGCCGGAAGGGAAUUUGGCACGAAGUUUGAGACGUACGUUCAAGGCUUUUGGAGAAUGACAAAACAAAACGUCGACAACCGACUUCAGUAAGUGGUCUGAAACAAAUCCAUUAAUACUUAUGAAAUUUCUAUUGAACUUAACAAGAGAUAUGGUUAGGCCAAGAAAUUCGUCAAGUAUGAGACAGUUAAAUUUAUACCACAAAAUAUACAUUUCGAGUAGAUUCCAAA